AUGGAAGGAGAUAGUGAUUUUUCUAAUGUUUCUGAAUUUUCUAGUGAAAGUGAUGAUGAAGAAUUCUUGGAUGAUAUUAUUGAGUUAAGACAAAACAUUGAAAAUUACCUAUGUAUAAUAGUGCCUCAAUAUAGUGAUCAAGUUUUUAUGGAACAUUUUCGAAUGCGUAGAAAUGUUGUUGAACUAUUAGCAGUAAAUUUCGAAGCAAUAAUAAAAUGGCCAAAUAAUGGGGAAAAAGUUAAUAUCGAGAGACAUUUUCGGCAAAAUGGAUUUCCAAAUGUAGUUGGUGUGAUUGAUGGAAGUCACAUUAAAAUAGACAAACCAAGUGUAGAUCCAGAAUCAUACAUAAACCGGAAAGGAUUUUACUCUAUUCAUAUGCAGGUUGUCUGUGAUCAUAAAAUGGAAAUAAGAGAUAUAUUUGUUGGAUUUCCGGGAUAUGUUCACGAUAGCCGGGUCUUCAAGAGGUCCUCGCUUUCAAGAACACUGCAGCAAAAAUGUGGAGAUAUGUAUAUUAUUGGAGAUAGUGGCUAUCCUCUUCAGAGACACCUAUUAACACCUUUUAAAAAUAGGGGACAACUUACUAGACGUCAGAUGAAUUAUAAUACUAUUUUGUCACGCAAUAGAUACAUUAUCGAGCAUUGUUUUGGUAGACUCAAACAAUAAUUCAGACAAUUAUACCACUUAAAAUUGAGAAACAUAAGACUUAUGACACAUAUGAUACGUGUUAGUUGUGUUUUACAUAAUAUAUCUUUGAAUGAUGAAUUUAUUAUGCAUGAAAACAACCAUAUUCAACAAGAAUUUGCAGAGAAUGUACCCGAAGGUGAUGACAUAGAUUCUGAAGAUGAAGAUCCUGAUGUAAACGCUGUACAUAUUCGAAAUAAUGUAAUGAAUAUGCUAGGAUGAAUGAAUAAAAUGAAAUUUUAAAAUAAAUCUUUAUUAGUAAACUCU